AUGGAAAAGGGUUCCAAUGUUCUUCAAUUGAAAUACAACGAAUAUAAACAGAUAUUGGAAGACCUUCAAACAAAAAUCAUUGAACUUGGCAACGACAAAGAUGAGCACGAUAUUGUACUUUCAACCCUGCAUAAAACGGAACCUGCUAGAAAGUGCUAUAGGAUGAUAGGUGGUGCUUUAGUGGAGACGGAUGUAAAACACACAAUUCCAGUCCUCGAAACUAAAAAGGGCAACUUAUCUUCGACUAUAUCUACAAUGAAGGCUGAGCUGAUCAAAAUUGCUGAAGAGUUCGAGAAAUGGAAGAAAGACAAUAAAAUCCAGGUAGUGAGACAAUAA